AUGGAGAAUCUUGCAGGGGUGGCACUGGGCGAAUUCAUAUUGAUGCUUUUGCAUUUGCCAUUGCAAGCGCUGCGGAGUUGGUGUGGCACCGCCGGAAACAAGCGAGAGAGUGCGAUAUUGAUGGCAAUCUUUCUGGCGCUGAGCGUUUGGACCGUGCUGGUUUGCGGCUACUUUUUGCUACUACAAAACUGUGCCAUUUAUUUGGAAAGCAUUCUGGCAAGUGGCGCAUUGAUCCUGGCUAUACUGGAGGUACUUGAAGGUGGUCUGGUUGGCAGCUUGUUUUGCGACGGCUUCUGGGAGUUUGGGAUGGUCUUCCUUGGCUUUGCCGCUUCUGCUAGCAGUGUGGCGCUUCUAGUGAAUUUCUGGCCAGAAAACAUGCUGCUUUGGUGA